UAUUGUUAUCAUGGUGAAUCACCGGAUUUUAUUUAAAUUUCGAAUCUCCUUGCCGAGGUUGCCGAGAUGUGUCACAAACGUGGGCAAAUUUUGGGACGGUGUCCACAUCCAACAACGAACACAGACCAAUGACACGGAUAUCUUCCCUCCUUGGAUGAACGCCACACUCGCCCUGGAAGGUCAAAAGUUAGCCUUGGGCCACGUCGACGGCAUCGUUAAAGCGUACCUCGAGGGAAUAUUGAUUGCUUUAACACACCCUCAAAUACGGGACGCCCUCCUCUUUUCCGGCAACUCGGACACUCCCUCCAAAUCUGGGCGUCGUUAUGCUGCCACCAUAGUCCAAAUAGCGCUAUGGUUUCGCAGAGAUUUAAACCACGCCCAACUCGAUUCAAAUUGGGUGGUCGAAUCGGUUCGAAAAGUGCGCCAAAUUCAUGAUCAUGUCUCACUCCGUAUACGGAAAGCCCUAAAUGAUGGAACGUAUCAUGGCCGAGUCCGGCAAAAGGGUGACAAACUAAUCAAUACAGAAUUAUGGCGCGCUUUUCAACUAGACUUGGAAGAGUCUCACAUUCCCCGGUCGGAUCGAAGUUACUAUCCCAAUGAGAACAUUUUCGAAACAGAAUUUAAAAAUGCACACCCUUUCAACCAGCUCACACUCGCCGUAACCCAGUGGACAUUUCUCGGAUCGGUUGCCAUGGAUCCGGAAUCGGUGAAUGUCUACAACGCCACAGAAGAAGGGCUGAUGGCAUUCAUUUGUGGGCCGUUCUGGGCUACUCGAUGGGAAUCAGGGACGAAUUUAAUUUGGGAUUAGCCUCCAAUCUCCAAUUAAGGAGGUUGCAUCGACAAUUUUUUGCGACACAUAUGCUCCCCGCCCUAUUCAGUUUGAGUCAUGAGGGUAAAUUGUUGAUCGAAGCUUAUCUAAAGGGCACAACCCAUAUCCUGCUUGGCAUAGACGAAGAGUAUGUUUUACGCGCGAUGCUGUACGAAAUUUUACAGAGCAGGCCGAAGCACCUGUAUCGUCGAAUGGGUCUUUAUGGCGUAGCCGUCGACUUCUUCAUGGGAUCUGUCGGGCCAAAAUUUAUUAACACGGUGUUCCCCCAUUUUCAAAAGGUCUUGUCACCAAUCUUUAGCCUCAUCCAUUUCAAAGUUGGAUUUCUCCACUUUGCUGGCAAAUAUCGGUCUGACCAAGAUAUCGCUAAGUACUGUUAUUUUUAUGAUUUUGUCGAUUAGCUCAAUAAAUACGUCUUAAAGAUUGUAA